AAAUAGUCAUGGUCCAUUUCAUAAUCAUGAUUGUUUUCACAUAUGAAAUUUUUUUCCGUUUUAAUCACAAAGAAUUCCUUUCAGUAAUUCAUAACUUUUAUCUAUUUUUAAAGUCCUUUAAUGAUCGUCUUUAGGAAACGUCUAUCAUCGAAUCUCCUGCGGUUUUAAAAUUCAGACAUCAACCGAUGGUUGAAUGGAUUGUUUCACAAUAUAUUUAAAGCGCGUAUUUAACAUAGUUUAUUUAACAAAAAUGUCUGAGUAGGCGUCUUGUACGUUUAGAACAAAGGUAACGACGAGUCGACAAGUGAAGAUAUCAUUUAAAUUAAUUUAAUUCUGCUGUUUAUUUUCUUCGCAACGUAGCUAUAAGCCGGUAGUUUUUCUUCAAUCAUAUUUAUCUCGAACGAUGGACAAUCCUGGUUUCAGCGAGGAGAAUCUGUACAAAGAUCGUAACGAGUCGUUCAGACACGCAGUUCGCGCGCCAAAGAGAAAUAAAGGAUUCUCGUGGAACGAACUUGGGAUAAAUCGCUGUCAAGAUGUUGAAGUUAAUGAUGAAUCAAUGAAGGUAGAGGUUCAGGUCACCCAUAAAGAGCCAAAGAAGGCAAAAUACAACUGGAAACGAUUUCUUCCCUGGGCACCAAGAAGCAACGAAUAUCCUGGGAAACAUCCGAUAGAUGACUGUGGUUUCAUACAACUGAUGCUAUAUUCAUGGAUUACUCCUGUUUUCAGGAAAGGUUUCAAAAAACCUCUUGAAUUACAUGAUCUAGGAAAAUUACCUCAAACCGACUCUGCUGCCUUCAAUUAUCGACGACUACUGAAAUUUUGGAAAGAAGAAGUGCGUGGUAAUGGAUUAGAAAAUGCUUCAAUCGGCAAGGCGCUUUUUAGAGCGAUGCGAACACGAGCGUUGGCAGGUGGAUUUAUGUUUCUUCUUUCAUUGCUCAUUUCAUUUGUUGGACCGGCGUUUUUAUUAAAUAGAAUCUUGAAAUUUGUUGAAUCGAAGACGGAUUCUGUUGAGAAAGGAAUCUUUUUGGUCAUUGCUUUGAUGAUUACGGAAGUUGGCCGAAGCUGGACUCAGUCUCUGGGUUUCCUAUUAAACCUGAGAACUGGCACAAAAGCUAGAGCAAUGGUUUGGACUAUGGUUUAUAAUAAAAUGUCAAAACUAAAGAAUGCUGGUGAUAAAUCAAUUGGUGAGCUUGUGAAUAUUUGUGCAAGUGAUGCUCAACGUGUUUUUGAAGCUUUUGCCUAUGGUCCAUUUGUCAUUGGUGGUCCAGUUGCACUUAUAGUUGUCAUAACAUACACGACGUACAUUCUUGGACCAUCUGCACUUUUAGGAUGUUUUAUAUUUUUUGUGAUGUUCCCAAUUCAGGGUAUUGUCGGAAAAUAUUCUGGAAAAUUCCGUGGGAAAGCUGUACGCAUUACUGAUCAAAGAGUAAAACUAAUGAAUGAAGUUCUAAGCUGCAUAAAGUUGAUCAAAAUGUAUGCUUGGGAAAAAUCCUUUGCUAAAGUCAUUGGAGACAUUCGACAGAAGGAAACAUCUGUUCUCGGUGAUUCAGCUGUAUUACAAAGUUUGAAUGUUUCUUUGACUAACGCGGUUUCAACGUUUUCAACAGCUAUCACUUUUAUUGUUCAUAUUUACACUGGCAAUGAUUUACUUGCAUCUCAGGCAUUUACUGUUAUUGCUGUAUUCAACACAAUGAUAUUCGCUUUUGCAGUCUUGCCAUUAGGUAUAAGAGCGUUGGCUGAGGCAAAGGUUUCCAUGAAAAGACUUAAAAGUCUACUGCAAAUGGAUGAAUAUGAACCUUGGUCAGUAAAACCACAAGAUGAAUGUGUUGCUGUAGAAAUGAAAAAUGCCACCUUCGGGUGGAAUGAGGUGAAAUUAAAACCUCAAAAGAAAUUUAUACCUGGGGUUGACAAAAAUGACAAGCAGACAAAAGAAGAUCGUUCUGCGGCCAACGGACUUAAACAACGUGUUGCUCCUGAAGAAUUUAAAACUGAGUUGGUGAAGACUUUGUUUGACAUUAAUCUCACUUUUAAAAAGCGUCAACUAAUUGGAGUUUGUGGAAGUGUUGGAAGUGGAAAAAGUUCUCUGAUAAACGCAAUCCUUGCACAAAUGAAUUUAGUCGAAGGUAAUGUUUAUGUAAACGGAUCUAUGGCUUAUGCAGCUCAACAGGCUUGGUUGAUGAAUGCUACAGUCCAGGAAAAUAUUCUCUUUGGCCAGGCAAUGAAACCAGCUCGGUAUGAAAAAAUGAUAUCAACAUGCUGUUUGCAACAAGAUUUGGAUAUUUUCCCUCAUGGAGAUCAAACUGAGAUUGGAGAACGAGGAAUUAACUUGAGUGGCGGUCAGAAACAGCGUAUAAGUUUAGCAAGGGCUGCUUAUGCAAACAAAGAUAUUUAUCUGCUUGACGAUCCUCUUAGCGCUGUGGACGUCCAUGUUGGAGAACACAUUUUCAACAACUGUAUCAAGAAUGCAUUAUCAGGAAAAACAAUCAUUUUUGUGACGCAUCAGCUACAGUACUUAAAGCAUUGUGACGUCGUGGUUUUGUUGAAAGAUGGUUGUAUUGCUGAAAUGAGCUCUUAUGAAAAACUUAUGUCUGAUGAAAAGGAAUUUUCAGUAUUAGUACAAAACUAUCACAAAAAAUUGGGGACGAUAGAAAGCGAAGAAGAGGAAGAUAACAAAGACUCCGAGAUGAUUUCAAAAAGCGGUUCUUCCCACGAUAAAAUAAUUAAUGGCAACGCUGGUGCUCCUACGAAAAGUUUCGAUGAUGAGAAGGAAAUGAUGAAGGCACAAGAAUUAAAUGGACAUAUAAAAGGCAAAGAUCAUCUGAUGAAAGCUGAAGAUCGUAAAGUAGGAAGGGUUUCAUUCUCUACCUACUUACGUUAUUGUAAAGCUGCUGGAGGGAUUUGUAUCGCUAGUUGCGUAUUAUUGAUGUUGACAAUCAUUACAUUAUUGAGAGUCUUCAGUGAUAUUUGGUUAGGACGGUGGAUUAAUGAUGGAAGUGGCAACAGUACAGAAAACGACGAAUCCCUUGGUAAGCUUAAUGACAAUCCUGAUGUGGAUUUUUAUGCGGCAGUGUAUGGAUCGGCAUUGGCAGUAAUUCUCUUCCUUCUUAUCAUUAAAUGUUUUAUAUUCGUCCGGGUUAUGCUGCGCGCUUCUUCCAGCCUUCACAAUCAAGUAUUUAAUGCAGUUACCCGAAGUCCAAUGGAGUUUUUCGAUACAACACCAACUGGUCAAAUUCUUAAUCGAUUCUCCAAAGAUAUUGAUGAAAUUGAUACCAGAUUAUCAUUUCUUGUUGAAGCUUUCAUACUUAACAUAACGUUUUUACUGAGCACAAUAGUGCUAAUUGUCGUAUUGUUUUAUUGGUUUAUCAUAGCUCUCGUAUUCUUCUUAGCUGUUUUUAUAUUUCUAAACAUAACAUUCCGUCGUUCUGUUCGUGAGUUGAAGCGACUUGACAACAUAUCUAGAUCACCUAUAUUCUCUCAUAUAUCAGCAUCCGUCCAAGGUCUUUCCACAUUACAUGCUUAUGGAAAAACUGAAGAGUUCUCUCAACAGUUUGAGAAACUUCUUGACAAAAACACGUUGCCAUUUUUCGUAUUCAACGUGUCUCAUCGAUGGUUAGCUGUCCGUUUGGAUUUGAUAACUGUUGGGAUAACUACGGUGACCGCACUUCUUGUCGUGUUAUUACGAGACGAUGUCCCUGCUGCCUUGGGUGGACUCGCCAUAACAUAUGCAAUACGUAUUUCUGGCCUUUUACAAUUCACUGUUCGACUUUCAGCCGAAACUGAAGCGAUCUUUACAAGUGUGGAACGUGUUUUACAUUACAUUGAUAACCUAAAGUCAGAAGCUCCUAGUUCAAUACCAGACAAAACGCCUGAUGAACAUUGGCCUUCAAUGGGAAGUCUGUCUAUGACGGGAGUAAAGAUGAAAUACAGAGAGAACUUGCCCCUAGUGCUGAAAGGAAUUACCUGCAACAUAAAAGCUCAAGAGAAAAUCGGAAUUGUGGGUCGAACUGGUUCUGGAAAGUCUUCCAUUGGAGUCGUUCUUUUCCGUUUGGUUGAGCCUGUUGAAGGCAUAAUUACCAUAGACGGAAUUGACACGUUAAAAAUUGGUCUCGACGAUCUUCGAUCUAAGUUGUCAAUCAUCCCACAAGAUCCUGUUCUAUUUAUAGGGACUGUAAGGUAUAACUUGGAUCCAUUUAACAAACAUUCUGAUGAAGAAGUGUGGCUUGCAUUAGAGCAAUCACACAUGAAGGAAACGAUCAGUGAUCUGCCCUUGAAACUUCAAGCACCAAUCAUUGAAAAUGGAGAAAAUUUUUCCGUCGGUGAACGACAAUUGAUGUGUAUGGCAAGAGCUUUACUUAGAAAUUGUAAGAUUCUUAUGCUGGAUGAAGCCACUGCUGCAAUUGAUGCUAAGACUGAUGAGAAAAUUCAAGAAACAAUACGUAAAGCAUUUAAAAAUUGUACUAUGUUAACGAUCGCACAUCGUCUAAACACAGUAAUGGAUUCUGAUAAAAUAAUGGUGAUGGAACAAGGCCAGAUUGUUGAAUUUGACAAACCGUCUACACUACUGGCAAACAAAGACUCGAUCUUUAGCUCACUUGUUGCUGCCACUGAAAAGAGUCAUGAAAAUGAAAGAACUUUGAAAGUAUAAUGGUCGUCAACUCAUUGUUUAAUAUGUUUCUUUAUGGUUCAUUUUACGGACAUUAUUCCCUUUUUAAUUACCAGAGAGUAUUUAUAAGGGACUAAAAAACAAGGUGCUCCCCUCCCCUCAAAAAAUAACAUGGAAAUUAUCUUAUUUUCGUAACUGAUAACUUGUUUAAUGACACUGAAGAGAAGUAAAUGAAAUUUUGCAGUAAACAUCCAUAGAUGUUUGUGAACAAUAAGAUGCCCUAUUUGAGAGACUCAGUAUUGCAAUUACGAUCAGUUGUAAAGUAUUUUAAAUCGAAAAUCUAUUUAAAGACAUGUACUAGUACUUACUCCGCAUCUGCUGUUAUAAAAUGACAACAAUAAAAAAAGGCGCUUAUUGACUCUA